UAGGCCACCCACUCCUCGCAUGGUAGAGAUCGCGAUUACUCCGCGCACAAGUCUCUCGCUGUUUCAUAUCUCGACUCUUUUAGAAUAUGAUUAUAUUUACGAUCCGACACAUGGUUAAAGGUUGCCUCGUGGAGUGCUCCGUGGAGCAAUGAUCAUCUACGUGAACAAUGUUAGGUUGUGCUUCCUAGGAGAGUGGUAGACAGUCGUCGACACACAACGGCAGAUGACAGCAAGUUGACUUGAUCGGUUAGACCACGAACUUACCCGGUUGGUUACUUGACCCUUACUUACUAUAUAGACAGACACCAGUGUAUGUACACUCUGCCACAAUAAUAUGGCGAUGACUGCAUCACAGGGUAACCCUGUUACUGUGACUUCCUGGCCACGGGACCCCACGGAGGACUUGGGUACUACUCCACCUUUAGCGGUGCAGCCCCCCGCCCAGCCUCCACCGGUCACACCCACGGCCGUGACCCCGACACAGCCGCCACCCCAGACACAACCUGCCAAUGUUCCAAAUGGCACCGCUACGACACCUAAUGGCACGUCCAGUUCUCCAGAGGCUAAACAACAACAUAUAGAAUGUGUGGUGUGUGGGGACAAAAGCUCCGGAAAGCAUUAUGGUCAAUUUACAUGUGAAGGGUGUAAAAGUUUUUUCAAAAGGUCUGUGCGGAGAAAUUUAACUUACACGUGCCGAGGAAAUAGAACUUGUCCGAUAGAUCAGCACCAUCGAAAUCAGUGCCAAUACUGUCGUCUCAAAAAGUGUCUGAAAAUGGGGAUGAGACGGGAAGCCGUACAGCGAGGCCGAAUACCGCCCACCCAGCAUCCCUUCCCUGGCCAAAUGGCCUUCGGCACUGGUGACCCGUUAAAUGGCCAUACGUACCUGUCCAGCUUUAUUUCCAUGCUCCUAAGGGCCGAACCCUACCCUACUUCCCGAUACGGACAAUGUAUGCAGACAAAUAAUAUAAUGGGCAUAGAAAAUAUUUGUGAACUUGCAGCAAGGCUAUUGUUUAGUGCUGUAGAAUGGGCAAGAAAUAUUCCAUUUUUUCCUGAUCUUCAAGUUACGGACCAAGUGGCCCUCUUGCGACUAAGUUGGAGCGAGUUGUUUGUUUUGAAUGCCGCUCAAUGUUCCAUGCCACUUCAUGUGGCCCCUUUGUUAGCGGCCGCAGGUCUCCACGCCAGCCCCAUGGCUGCGGACAGGGUUGUGGCUUUUAUGGACCAUAUAAGAAUAUUCCAGGAACAAGUGGAAAAGCUCAAGGCCCUGCAUGUGGAUUCAGCGGAAUACAGUUGUCUGAAAGCCAUCGUUUUGUUUAGUUCAGAUCGCAAACCAGAGCCAGUUCCGUCACAAAGACCCACCAUGAACGGUUACAGCUGGCCUCAAUACCAAGUCUACGCCACACGGGUAUUGAAUAGCGAUGCCUGUGGUCUUACGGAUGCUAACCACGUGGAGAGUAUUCAGGAGAAGUCGCAGUGCGCUCUGGAGGAGUACGUUCGCAGCCAAUACCCGAAUCAGCCCACUCGCUUUGGCAAGCUCCUCCUACGACUACCCUCCCUGCGGACCGUCAGCGCCCAAGUCAUCGAGCAACUCUUCUUUGUUCGUCUGGUCGGAAAGACACCCAUCGAAACUCUUAUUCGAGACAUGCUGCUCAGCGGGGGGUCCUUCAACUGGCCCUAUAUGGCUAUACAAUGACAUUUACAGUGAAAAGGCAAAACGAAAGUUCUGCCGCCGAAUGCUACCAUACUACUCAACACCUAGUCUUUCCAAAAGGUUAUUCUUAAAAAAAAAUCUUGAAGAUUUUGUUACGUUUUGAAACGUGCACUGUCCCCCGUGACGUAUAGCCACGUGCACUGUCCCAAGUGACGUGUACCCAUCCUGUGCUGCUUGCGGUGAGGAGGUGAGGACAGGUGAUGAGGACGUCUGUUAAAGGUUGUUAUGUCGCACAUACUCUAGGGGUGACGGAAUGACACUUCCGAGUCCCGCGUACACACGCUGAUGUGAUUCCAUUUAUAUUACUCAAGAUUGUCUAUAAGACAAACGACAUUUAUCAUCCACAUCCAUUUUCAACCGAUUAGGGCAGCGGAGGCUCCAGUGUAUCCCCGGUGACAAGUUAUUAUAAGUCACACAGUGAACGCUGGACAUCCGGGGGUCCGGGGCUCACGCACCGCGAUAUACGCUUCUUCAUAUCUAGUAUUACACAGAGGAUACCGGAGAUUAUCUCCAGUGAUGUUGCAGUCGUACAAAGGAACACCUUCCCUGGUCUGCCAAAUUACAGAGAUUAUAGUCAAAGCGUGUUCAUACAAUACAAUUGGAACAUUAUUAUAGGAUAAAUUAGUAAUGCAUAGUUACCUAGGAUAGCAUUGGCCACUCUCGACGUUAUAAACGAUUUUUUUUUUGAGACGACUAAUAUGGUCGGGUUAUAUCUUUCUAGGAAAUUAUAAAGCAUUAUUUUUACCCGGAUUCCAGGAAUGUGCCCUUUGUUCUACUGCAAUGAAGAACAUCUUUGAAAAAGAGGUUCUAAAAUAAACUACUUCCGUGUACGAGGGCAGCUGUGAAAGGAUUUUAACAUUUAUUUGAUGCCCUGAAGCUCUAACACUUCAUUUCUCAACAUAUUGACAUUUUGGGGCUCAAGAGUUAAUAAUGGAAAUUAGUAGAGACAUACUUUAUGUUUAUAUUGUAUUGUUUACAUGUCCAUGGAGGUUCCAAACCUUGUUGUGUGUCACUGUUUAUCAUAUACGUGGAAAUACUAUCUUUUAAAGUGGUAUCUAUCCUUUCGUUUGCAUCCAAAGAUUCAGUAUCUGUAUGUUUAUUUGGAUCUUCAGAAAUUUCCAGCAUAUUAAAAUGUACAUUUUUCUUCACAAUCAUGUUUAUUAUGAUAUUUUGUGCGGCUCAAAGCAUAAACACCAAAAGCCGUGUACCUGUUUAUUGUGUGUCUAUUAUGUACUAUUUGGUUCAAAACCACUGUUUAUAGAUUGACAGUUGCAGUUAUGUCUUAAUUACUAAUACAUUUUUUUCGGAGGAAUGAAUUUUUCAUUUUUCCAAUACUAUUCCCUUAAACAGUAUAUUUAGAACGGAUAUAGGGUUAGAGUUGCCACCUCUUGUUUCUAUUGUUAACGAGUGGUGGCGCAAGUUGAGCUGCUGAUGACAGCGCCACCUACUAGACGCAAUUUAUAAGCUGAAAGCUGACACCAAAGGUUUUUGUCAUAAAUGAAAUAUUAUGUCAUUUAUAAAACGUGAGAAAGAGUUGUGAAGAGAAAACGUGCGAGAUAGUAUGUAUAUGUAGUGUAUGAGAGCGUAUAGACGAGUUCCUAUAUUUCGAAUUAGAUUCGUACUCUGGGCGUGUGGGAAGGGGCGAAAUGUGCCGCUGAGAGAGGUUUUGUGUUCCGCUAUAAAUCGGCAAAUAAUGACUCGUAUUGUUUUGUGUUGUGCUACCGGUGUCCGAGACACUCGAUCUACCUACUGCUUAUACUUGAUUAAAGUGUUGUAAACUCCC